UUCGCGUUUGUUUACGCGACGCCAUCAGCAAUCAUCCUUUGCCAAUUUCCAAUUUCAGUGUUUUUGUUUUUUACAUUUAACAUUGUACAUUAUUGGUAUCGUUGUAUUUUCACAAUUCACACUGCCCUGAAUAUCAUAAAGCUGAUUUUUUUGUAUUAAUUAAGAAUAUUGUGCAUAAUCAGUUUUGAAUGUAUGCAAAAUGCCAAGAAAGUGAAUAGCAGUAACAAAGUACAAAAAAUGUUCAAAGUUUGCAUUGCCAAACGAAAUAAAAAAACCCGAACAUACAGAGAUUAAUGAGCCCUUCCAUAAAGAGACAUGCAACUUGAAAAACGGGAGUACUUGUUGAUAAACUUACUACUCUAAACAAGACGAGCUUACGAGAGGAGGAAGCUGUUAAGUGUUAAACCGGAAAAAUAUUACCCACAUUCAGAUAAAAAUAAGUUGAAAAAUAUUCCCGAUCCAGCAGGGUCAACAAUUACACAUAUAAGUGCAGUGGAGCAUACUAAGGUCAAACGGCCGUCGGCCUAAAGCUCCGCUUCGUCGCACAGCGAGGCAUAAUAAUUUAAUUAAUGGCUAAUUUUGUGACUACUGUGCCGUUGUUGUAUUUGCUGAGUACUUUGUCAUGUUUAGUGUCUGGUGCAAAUGUACUGGCAGUGCUACCAAGCGUCUGGAAGUCGCAUUACCUUUUUGGCCGUCGAUUGUUGCAACAAAUAGUAGAAACACAACUGAACUAUUCUGUUACGUUGAUAAGUCCACAUGCCGAGGAGUAUCCAGUGCAGCAAAAAAUUAGGGAGAUACGCAUUGAGGGAUUGCGUGAAAACUGGGAGGAGAUGGGUUUGCCAUUUGAUGUAGAACAGUCACGACAACGUUCAAUUAUGGAGCACUUCACACGACUGAUGUAUGCCGGGGCAGCAAAUGUUGAUCUCUUGCUGGGCGAUGCAAAAUUGCGAAAAUUAGUACGUAGCGGGGAAAAGUUCGACUUGUUGAUAGUGGAUCUCUUUCUCAGUGAUUCGCUAUUGGGUUUGGCACAUUAUUAUCAAAUACCCACCGUGGCCAUCAGCCCCACUGGCGCAAAUACGUGGCUAAAUCAAAUGUUAGGAAAUCCACAAAGUUCAGCUCUAGAUCCCAGCAUUUUCUUACCCUAUUCAGAACGUAUGAAUAUUUGGCAACGCUGCGUGAAUACUCUAAUGGGCCUAUUCGAGAAGUUGACCUACAACUUUUUUUACAUGAUCUCACAAGAAGCCGUUUACACAAAACAUUUUCAGACGUUAUGCCAGCUUGCCAACACUACUUUACCGCAUCACCGUGAUCUAACUAAAAAUCUUAGCCUUGUUUUAAUCAACUCACAUCCCAUAGUGCAAUAUCCGCGCGCAUACUUGCCAAACAUUUUAGAGAUUGCUGGUGCACAUCUGCAUGAGCCGCAUAAGCAAAUCGAGCUGCCAAUGCACAUUGCUUAUUUCAUAGAAUCGGCACCGAGUGGUGUGGUUUACAUAAGCCUGGGCGCCGAUGCGCGUACAGUCGAUUUAGCGCGGGAAAAACUAGAUACUGUUUUGGAUGUCAUAACAGAUCUGAAGGAUUAUCAUUUCCUUAUCAAGUGGGAGGAUCUCAAAUUUUACACAUCACUACCUAAAAAUGUAAUGAUAGCAGAGUGGUGGCCACAGGAAUCCAUUUUAUUGCACUCUAAUGUCAAGGUCUUCAUAAGCGCUUGUGGUCUCAUGAGUAUUAUUGAAUCUAUAAAUGGUCUCACACCAAUACUUGCCAUACCCAUUUUCCCCGAGCAGGAAGUAAACGCUAGACGUUUGCAGCAGCAGGGAAUCGCUCUGAUGAUGUCUUUCGACGCAAUUUCAUAUGAUGCACUACUGCAUAACAUACAGCUUUUGGCUACAAAUGAAAAUUACGCUAUACAAGUGGCCGAAAAGCGCCGUCUGCUAAACUCUAACUAUGGUACACCCAUAUCGAGGAGUAGCCAUUAUAUUGACCUAAUUUUAAGUAGCCAUGGCGGCGUCAAUUUUCUCAAAUCGCAUGCAAAUGAGUUGAAUUUCAUGCGCGCUGAACUGGUGGAUGUAUUAGCCAUAAUUUUUUUGGGACUAUUUGUGAUUAUUGCGGUGCCAUUUAUCGUUACUUGUUGCAUUCUUCGACGCUCGUACAUCAAUCAAACAGCAAUGCAAGCUCAUACUGGUGCACAUCGUGCAACUUUAAAGGUGACUGGUCGUACCAGUUCGACAAGUGGAGGGGUUACAGUAAAUGAUUCGCCAGUUUUGGAUUGGCACAGGCGUAAUAGUGCAAUGCAGACUGCUGGUGUAUUGAAACCACCAUCAUCACCUUCGGCCUCCUCAACUGCAUCGUCUGUGUCAGUCAGAUCCACAGCAUCGUCUGCUGCAUCUUCAGUAGGCGGCUCACCGCGUUCCGAAAAUGCUGUCAGCGGUAUUUGUGGCAGUGAAGAUGUCGCAGCUAAACGUGAGAAGCUUAUGCGACAAGCAGCAAUGAAAACGCCAUCAAAUUAAUAUAUGUAAUUAAAGGACAGGGUUUAUUACGGAAGAAAUUACAUACAUAUACAUGCAUACAAAGAUUUUAAUCUACGUUAAGGUAAUGUCGUCUAUGCUAGUUUUAUUUUGAUAUUUUCUUGUGCUUUUAUGCAUUUUCUUGUCGGUACUUAAGAAGUAUAUGAUUUGAAAUGUCGCGUCCCGCUCAAUGCAGUGAGUGAGACGGCGAAAUUUCAAUGAUCUUGUUUGCUCCAACGCGUUAUUCAUAGUCUAAUUGUCAUAGAUCUAUCACAUAAAUUUUACUCAUGCUUUCAAUAUCACAAAUUUAUAAUUUAUAUUUAAUUAAAAUUUCAUAUACGCUUCUUAAAUGUACUACAUAUUUAUUGUUAUUCAUAUACAAAUACAUAGAUUAAUAGAAUUAUGUCUACAAGUUCGGAACAUUUGUGUUACUUUGAUAAAAUGUAAUCACCUUAAAAAAAGUCGAACCAAAUACAAAUAAAUUUAAAUGUUAAUAAUAACAAUCGGCUACCUGGU